CGCGUGCGCGCACACAUAUGUGUGUAUGUAUAUAUAUGUACACAUUUUGAUCCAUUUCCAGUUUCAUAUGGAUGGCAAUACUGUCUGUUGCAUAAGCUUUCAGAGACCCCAACGACAUUGCUCAAGCCCGACGAAGCGGUCUUCUUCAGAAUCGGCAAAUUCUAGGGUUUAUCAGAAACGUACCCGCGCGGCGACAAAUCAACCUAACUUCAAGUUGAGGAUUUAGGAAAGAGAGAGAAUGAGCGAUGCGAUCGGGGACCCGACGACGGCGGGCGAAGCCAAGGGCGGUUCUGAAGCCGCACGGGUCACGGAGAUGAAGGCGUGGCUCGCUUCUCAGUUCGAAUCCGCAUGCAAGGAGGUUCCCAGUUUCGAAUACACUCAUCGGAGCAUUGCCCAUCUGUAUAAUCUCGCCACCGUUUCCCAAGCCAAGACUCAGGCUGCAACCAUUGUCGCCAAUGAUUUUCGGCAAAAGGCUUCCGAAUACCGAGCACAAGCGGCUAGGAUAAGGGAGAUUUUGGAGAAUGUGGGGCUGGCACAAGAGAGCUUACCCUCGAACGUGGUCUCAUUGGCGCAAGUUCUUGCGAAUGUGGCUAAUUUGUUGAACAUAAGAGACACUGAACUGAGUAGUUUUCUUGUGGCAAUGGGGGACAUUUCAUUGAGGAAAACUGGAGUGGAGGAGAAGAGGGCUAAGACGCAGAAAGAAUCUAAGAUUCUUCUUGAUUAUACGAGGAAAGCUAUACAGAGGUUGACGUAUCUAAAGAAAAUCCUUGCACAACUAGAGGAUGAUGUAGCUCCUUGUGAAUCACAGAUGGAGAAUUGGAAGACAAAUUUGGAAGUCAUGGCAUCAAAAGAACGUCAAUACAUACAGCAGUACAAAAACUAUGAGACAUUACUCAACCGCGUUGGUUACUCUCCCGAUAUCAGCCACAGGGUACUGGUAGAAAUGGCUGAGUACAAGAAGGAAUUGGAGAAGAAAACGAAACCCGUCCUCGAUACUCUAAGAAGCUACCAGGACUUGCCCCCGGAUAAAGCUCUGGCUGCGCUUGCAAUUGAAGACAAGAAAAGACAGUUUGCGGCUGCGGAGAAGUAUCUCGAAGAAGUAUUACAGUCGGCCCUUUCCACCGCCGACAAUCCAUCUUGGAUUUCAUGUUUUCUUGGUAGAAGCUUCUGAAGAAAAAGAAGAAGGACUAAUCCUCGCCGGGAAUGACAGCAAUGAUGUGUUUAUUCGAAGAACAACCUUGGAGAUGGAGACUGACUGCUGCUAUGUAACCUUUUCUUUCUUCUCUCGUCCUUUGAUAUUUCCUAAUUCCUGUAGUUUCUCUAACUUUGAAUGUGAAUCUUGAAUUGUAUUGUGAUGUUUAUAUUGGAGGUAGAAUUGUAUUGUUGACAAAGCAAAGAAUUUGUUUGGUUCGAAGUGAGAAGCUUUCUUUCGCAAUCCGAAACCUGAACCAAAUCGAUAUGAUAAUUGCUGUUUUUUU